CCAGAUAUGUUCGAGAACCAUGUCAACGCCACAGCGGUUCGUUUCGUCACUGUAAGAAGCAGCGGAGGAAUCAAGCGUAUACGUGUCAAUGUCACCUAUGAGAGAGGAUUUUCAUCGGCGCCGACUCCACUGGAUGAAAAAAGUUGGUUCACUGAUGCUCCACCUUCACUUGACCUAGAAGGUUACGUAGACGAGGUGCCUGAGUGGGGAGGAGCGGAACAAGAAAUUUCUUCACGAGUUCCGAAACGGGAAGACUGUGGCGAACAAUAUAGAGUAAUUGAUGAGCCAUCUACCUCUACUUCGUCAAGGAGUUGGGACAAAUACAAUACUGAGCAACUAACACUUUUUGCUUCGAGAGAUGAAAAGCCUGAGAGCCUGAAAAGGAAAACAACCCUCGCCCUUACUUUCACUGGCACAGAUGGCCUCGCAAGAGUACGGGGGAUUUUUCCAGAGUCGCAAAGCAGUCAAAACUCCAGAAGCAUAGCACCAAAUGAUGCCAAUUAUGCGUACCGAAGGCAACAUGAACAGGGAAGUCGAAACCAUGUGCAGAGUGAAAGGAUAGCAAUCUGCCGGCUAUGUAACAUUCGCGUAAAGUCUACUUUGAGAAGAACACACAUCUAUUCGGAUCAUCUAGGGAAGCCAAUGUUCAAGUGCCCUUUUUGUGACGUUUCUUCCACAUAUCAUCAGUCUAAUAUCCGUGUUCACAUCAAGAAAAUUCACAAUGUCACGGAAGAGCCUAUUUGCUUCAAAGAUCAGUUCGAAGAUGAUAUCAACAGCUUUCUGUACAGGUGCUUUGGCGAUCGUCAGAUCUUUCGGCGCCAGGAUCCGGAAGUAAUCGCCUGCCUCAAUGACAUACUGAAUUAUGUUUGCGAUGGUGUUGCCGUGAAGUUUUCAGUGUCGGAUGACUUCCGUGAAUUCACACGUAAUUCAUCACGGCAACUUGCGGGUGGUGUGAACAAUCUGAGCAACAGUUUUGUUAGUCCAGCAUUUGCCCUGAGUGCGCAACCUCGGAACACUUGCAGGCUAUGUUCAGAAACUAAUGUCAAACAUCUCGAACGUCAUGUUCUCCAGCAUCAUAUAAAAAAGCCCAUGUAUCUGUGCCCGUACUGCGAUUUUAGCAACUGUUACUCACCAGCAUCGGUUAAAGACCAUAUCAAGAAUCGGCAUAGUUUGUGCGAUCUUCCCAUAGAUCUCAGGGACGAAAAUUCAGAGCUUAUUCAAUCAACUUUUUACUUGAUAAGUCCACUCAAUGGCUACAUUAUGCCUGUCGCUGUGAUCCGUUCUGACUGUAUUAAGGGGUAUUGUCAUCUUUGCAUUGGGAAUAAACUUUAAUAUAUUAAGUUGUAGAUAAUUAAGAAGACAACAGUAUUUAACAC